AUGUCAAAUAAGAGAGUAUUUACAACAGUACUGAAGUCACAGCCGUUGCCACCUAAGGCCGGCGACAAGGCGUCUGAAGUCCCCUCCGAUAGCGCACCCUCGGGUGGUGAGGAACCUCCAGUCACGAAGCAUAAGCCUUCUCUUGGCACAGAAGAUUUCAUCUCGAUUGAGGACAUCCCCAGUGACGAUGUGACGGAGCAGACCGCGGUCUCGGAGAUAGGCGAGCUGCCGGUUGCAGAGGAAGGAGUGAAGAAAACUGGGGGGAAGGCGGCAAGGCCGUUAUUAACUCACUUUCUGGCUGAGUGCGUCACUAAGGACGCUCAUGAAAUUAUGAAGGGGGCUUGUGUGAAACGGGAGAAGGUUCACAUCUCUAUGGCAGUCAUGAGGCUGGAGACAGAGGAGAGGAAACAGGAUGCGAUCAAUGCGAUAAAGAUUGCUACGAAGGAGCUGUUGGAGGAGGAAAAGGGCGGGAUCAAGAUGCAGCCAUCAGAGCUAGGGUCCUUCCCAGGCGUCCUCCACUUGAAGAUGGACGAGGGCACUUCUACUGUGUUGCGGAGAUACUACGAGCUACUCUCGACGGAGCUGAAGGGACGGAACAUUCAAAUGGCGAAGGAAAAAAGUUCCGAGUUCAAGCCGCAUGCUACUGUCAUUAAGGCCGCGCAGGGGAUGAGGAGGGUGAAGAAAUAUCCGGACUUGCGCAAGAAAAAGAAAGAGAUUAAAACUGCUUUGAAAAUACCCAGCGUUGAUGACAUCAAGGCCAAGCUCGGGGAUGAUGCAAAUCUGACGGGAGACACUGUUGAAGCGGUGGAGAAGGUUGAACUAUGCUCUAUGAUAGGUGAGUUGGUUGGUCGCAUUGAUGCUGAAGAGGCUUCCUUAUUAGAGGAGAAGCAAGCGGAUGGCUUCUUCGCGGUCAACUAUACAUUGCCACUCGAUGAACCGAUUGAGGUUACGGAGGAGAUGCGACAAACCAUAGCUCCCCCACCGUCUACUGAGCCCAAGGAGGAGGCCAAGGCGAAGAAGACUAAGAAAGAUAAGAAGCCGAAGAAGGGUGAUUCAGAGAGUGAUGGAGGAGAGCCUUGUCGAUUGGAAGUUCGUGUAACCUCGCCUGAUUUCAUGACACUGUGCGCUGACAUUCAAGAGGUGGCCAUGAAGGAAGCUCCGAAGAAACUAACGAAGAAAGCCCAGCCGAGCAAGGACAAGCUCCGUAUCAUCCUCAACGAUUUACGGAUACCCACUGAGAAGACCGAAGUCUGUGUGAGCGCGCUAAAGUCAGCUGCUGAGGAGUUUUUAAAAGAAGAAAAACAUCCUAGAUUAGCUGGAAUGGCCAUUAGAUGUCUCCCGAAAGGCGUCGCUCUACAGCUCACCUCUGACUCUGCGAAUCUGGUGACUAGGUUGAGGAAUGCUCUGGAUGAGGCCUUAACUAGAGAGGGAGUCGUUAUUGACAAUACCAAACAAGUUGAGUUCGAUCCCUCUAUUCUACUAUUACGGACGGCUCCAUCAUCUGCCAAGCUCAGAAAGGAGACUGAAGAAAUUCUCGCCAACAACGAGGCCCUCAAAAGCGAAUUGGCUAACGCCUUCGACUCGAGUCUAGAACUGCGUCUCUUUACAAUGAUAGGUUCGGGAAUAGUGCUGUUGAGUACUCCUCUACUUUUCUCUGUUGAGGAUGACUGA